AUGCCUUCAAUCUCAACAAAUAUCAUUCUAGCCUUCAUUACUGCCCUCCUAGGUAUAUUAAUUUUCCGAUCUCACUUAAUAUCUUCACUACUAUGCUUAGAAGGCAUAAUAUUAUCCAUAUUUAUUUUAAGUACCCUUACUAUUCUUAGCCUACACUUUACAACAUCUUUUAUAAUACCCAUCCUACUCCUAGUAUUCGCAGCCUGCGAAGCAGCUGUAGGUCUAGCUCUACUAGUUACAGUAUCCAACACCUACGGCCUAGAUUAUAUCCAAAAUCUAAAUCUCCUCCAAUGCUAA